AUAUUAAUGGUGUGCUAAAGACAGAUUAAUCUCUUAGAAAAUAAAUAGUUCCAGUAAUGCUCUUACUACAUGCGAAAGAAUAAAAUACUACACAACAAAUAUCAAACGGUUAUUAGACACGUAAAACUUGAUAUCGCCGGCAAAGUCGAUAUCGCCAUUUACAUCUACUGUAUAUAUCCGAAAAACAUAUUAUAGCAUACAUUACCGUGAUUGAUGAUUGGAUUUAUUGUAUGUUACUAAAAAGCAUUUUUCAGUACACACCGUGCACGCGUGUUUUCCAAAAUCGGCGUAGGGUGUGUUAUCUAACACACCAAGAUGUGUUUUUGCAAAUUAGUAUGAGGUGUGUUCUCGAACACACCAAGGUGUGUUUUCAUUCAAAAGGUGUGUUAUUGAACACACCUUAUAUGCAUCAAAGGUGUGUACGAAAAGGUGUGUAAAAUACAGGUGUGUUUCUUAGCACACCUAGGUGUGUUUUGUUACACACCAUGUGUGUUUUCUAACACAUCAUGGUGUGUUUUCUAACACACAAAGGUGUGUUUUCUAAAAUUGUAUAGGAAGGUGUGUAAAAUGUACACACCUUGGUGUGUAAUUAAACACACCUUGGUGUGUAAUUAAACACACCUUGGUGUGUAAUUGAACACACCUGUUUUUAGAGUGAAGAUGGUGGUAUAUCAUCUGUACGCAAGUCGUCAAUGACCUUAUUCAUACUAUUUACAGCACAGUAACCCAAGCAUCUAUCAUUACAGACACCAAUUCGUAAAUUGUAAUAUUUAUAAGUAUAUAACUUAAUUCAUAUGUAUUAAUUAAUAUAGUAGGAGUGCUUUGAAAAUUUUCAAGGUCACGGAACAUUUUACAGUUAAUUCUUGUGAAACUUAUUUGCGCAAUACCCCUUAGAGUUAAUAAAACACUAUAUAUACAGUACUUUCUCGAAAUGUUAUCAGGAUAGUUACUCGUUCAUUUUGAAGAAAUAUGAACCCCACUAGUCGUUAAAUUUAAUAUAUAGCACAGUAGCUUUUGAAAUAAAAACGUUCGUGAACAAAACUAUAAUAUCGUACGUAAACGCAAUUUUAUAUUGUUAUGAAUUGUUUUUAAUUUACAGGUAUUACUGUCGAGUCAGAAGAACAUUACAAAAACACCGCUUUACAAUUUUCUUCACCCGUGGCUUGGAACAGGUAUGACUAACUAUUUAUAAACACAGCCGCGCGCGGUAUUCAAGAAUGCUUUUAGAGUUCGUACAAUUUGGCAUUUUUCCUACAAACACGAUCAGCGAGUUAAAGUGCAAUAAAAGUAAUGCAUUCAUGUUUAGUAUUUUUGCACAAGCAAAUAUAACAAUUCCUACAAGUUGAUUGGUCAAAUUUGACGUAUUAAGCUGUUAUAUUCACCUACAGGUAAAUAUAACAAAACCGAAAUUUGCAAAAUGGCGGCUAGCCGUUUUGUGGAAGUUACUGAUAAAGAAAUAAGCGAAAUUAAAAUAAAUUCAGUCCCAAAAAAACACAAAAGACUUUAAAUGUGUAAAAAUACUAAAACAAUUAUUCGCUUCAGGCUCGGUGAUUAUCUGGAAAUAUUCACCUCGACUUUUUCUCGGUGAAUAUUCCAACGGUAUAUUGCAACGGUAUUGAUGCACAAUGGAUGGCUUUUGUAUUAAGACAUAUAAGACCGAAGCGAAAUAGUAUUUGUGCCACAUCACAUGCACAUAAAUAUAUCGUGUAAAGUUUGAGUAAUAUGUACUCGUGAACGACAUUUAGUGUAAUAAUUACCAUUUGUUUAGAUUGCAGUAAGCCAGUUAUGAUUCCCAGUGAAAUUUACUGUCCGCACCAUGCAAUAAUAAACAAUGGAAAUGAUUCGCAAGUUUGAAUGGUUUAAUGCAGUCCUUAUGCCGAAAAAUAAUAUGACCAAAAUUUUGGAAAUUGCAUAAAAUUGAUGCGAAAAAUCAUUAUUAGGGAGAUAGACAACCUUGAACCUUUUUUCGUAAUUUUUUAUACAUGCUAUUUAGAUAAGUAAUUUUAUAAAAGCAUGUCUUUUUGUUUUAUUUUUCGUUUUAAUUUUAUAAUUAAAUAACCAUGAAAAUAAUUUGCUAAAUAAUGUUUUCAUAAUUAUGAUGCUUGGAGAGGCCCCAUCGAAUGCUUAAUUGACAACUUGCAUGUUAGACUAAAUUUUAAUCUAAGUAAAGAGAAGGGAAUCAAACGCCACAGCUAAAAUAUAGUCUUGUAAAGUUUGCAAAUUUUGUAUAUGUUUGUAUUACGUGCGGAAAUUGAAUUUCCGCACGUAAUACAAACAUAUACAAAAUAUGCACACUUCGCAAGGCUAUAUUUUCCGUAUUUUACAACAUUUCGUAACCAAAUUUUACUAAUUUUAGUAAGAUCUUUACGGGAAUUUACUUUUUUCGCCUAGAUCUAAAAUUAGUGUAACAUGCAAGUUGUCUAUUGUUUAUUUAGUUCAUUUUUUCUUUGAAUUUCAGGUCUGUUAACAAGGUUAGUUGUAUCUGUUUAUUGCAUUAACUUCAGUUGUGUAACAUUCUAAACAGUUAUUGGAUGAGGUUUUUGUGAUAUCUAGAGUUCAAGGUCGAGGUAAGUGUUAUCGACAAACAAUGAUUUGUCGCACAAAACAGCGUUUGGUUCUCAAAAAAGCAGUGAAAACGAUGUAAAAUAUCACAAUAACAACAUAAAAUAUUAGAAAUCUCACCACAGGGAGCGCAUCCCCGGUUUUAUCGAAGUUAUGUAUUAGAAUUACGUAUGAAAUAUAUAGCUCAGUGUUGAAGCCUGCGACUUGCGGGCUGUGUGCGGGCUAACGCGCGCGUUGAAUACACAAUAAAGAAAAUAAUAAAGGGAUGAAACAGACGAGUGCCUGGAAGCAUGUGUUCCAUAGGUUGCUAUGACAUUGACAAAUUAUCGACUUACGUUUCUAUAAAUUUCAACAAAAGAACUUCUUUCAGAAAUUAAUACCUUUCUGAUUACAAACUUGUCAUCAGCAACUAAUUUGCAAAAUCCAAAAAAUAUUCAUAUAUUUUUUGAAAUUUUUACGGCCAGCCGAGCGCUCGGCCGAUCACUGAUUUUAAAAUUUUAUUUUUAUUAUAUGUGUUUAAAAUUUUAUAUGUGUUUUAUAUUCGAAUAUGCCAAUAGCUACAAUACUAUUUAAUAUUUUUCAUAUGAUUUUAGAGAUCUGUGGAGUGUGUAGUAGGAAAUAAGUAAGCAUUUCAGCAUGUCAUAGCAACCUGUGGAACACAUCCCGUCACAUCCAACCGUUCACUGCUGUGCGAUCAAAUUGGAAGGUUUUGGCUAGACGACAUGAAAGAACAGGCCCUAGUGGACCUUACAACAUAAUAAAACUCUGACCUUUUUAUUUGAACACACUAUAUUGUGUUUUGAAUUCUGGGCUUCCAAGCACUCGUCGAUGUUUCAUCCCUUUAUUAUUGUCUUUAUUGUGUACUCAACGCGCGCGUUAGCCCGCACACAGCCCGCAAGUCGCAGGUUUCAACACUAAGCUAUAUAUUUCAUUACGUAAUUCUAAUACAUAACUUCGAUAAGACCCGGGAUGGGCUCCCUGUGGUCUCACCAGGGUACUAAACUUCCGAUAAAGAUGUCAAAAAGGUCUGCUUUUUGAAAAAAUCACAAAAAUAUCGUUCGUUCAUGUUGGGUAGUUUUCUUGUUUUUAUUUCGUAUUCAACCUACACAUAAAUCUGGAACAAUAGAUUAUAUUGUACAACGAGAUGGCAUUUCAGUCAAUAAUCUAUGUGGUCCCCGACGUUUUUUUCUCAUGUAUAUUACUUAGAUAGGUCUAGGAUAUCUUUAAUAAUGGAACAUCAUUGCUUUGCAUGCAUACAUGCAUAAGAACGGCAGUUAUCGGUAUUUGUAAAAUAUCGUAACAAUAGCCUGUAUUCAUGCAGUUUUUGUUUUAUAUGUGCCUGGUGUUUUGUUUUUAUCAACAAGUAUAAGAAUUGACGCUCUUCUUAUAUGACGCUCUUAUUAUACAUCGGAUAUGAGUGUCAUCAUAAACAUAUAUUCUGUUUUCUAUACUUUAGCACCGGUAACAAAUGGAAAUCUCGCCGAAAGCUUCUUACACCAGCAUUUCAUUUUAAAAUUUUAAACGAGUUCGUUUCUAUUCACCAAAAACAAUCUGCUAUCUUAAUUCAAUUACUUCAGGUAAGGUUAUCGUCAUAUUUAUGUAAAAAGCAAACAAUAUAGCUACAGUAAUUACAUGCAGUGACAUGGUAAAAUGUAUACUUCAGAAUUCCCCAUUCCUCCAUGGCUGUAGAGUAAUUUCUUUGCAUUUAUAUAAGUGACGAACUAGAAUACAUAUAGUUAUAGGUGCAAAUUUUUGAGAUGACAAAGCGUACAUGCAGACUGAGGGCUACAUGACAAAGGAAAUUCUCAAUCUUGAAUGUUUUUGUCUUCCGGACAAUUUGUACAAGCAUAUAGACAGCAUUGAAACUGGGUACAGUAUGCAUGGUUGAUUUGCAUAUUGAUUUUGCCAUUUCUUGUAUCUAUCAUGCAUCUAUCAUGCAUGCAUGCAUGGAGUGCAUGUUUCCAAUUUAUAUAUAACUACACAUUUCGUCGAAUAAUAAUAUUUAUAUAUAAUAUAAUAUUUAUAUAUUUAUAUUUAUAUAUAUAUAUUUUUUUUUAUUUAUUUAUUUAUUUUUUUUUUUUUUUUGUGUCGAAAUUUUGUUUACUGAGACACUUCGUUUCUUAAAUCAGAAUGAGUUUACUGAGUUUGCAAAUGCUCCAGACCAAUAAUUCGAACUAAUAUUUUUAUGAUGUAAUAUGUUUUAGGCUAAAGCUGACAAGGGUGAAUUUGAUAUAGUUCCAUACAUCACGCUUUGUGUCUUGGAUAUUAUAUGUGGUAUGGUAUUUCUAUAGCUUUUAUAGUAUCACAGUAAACAAUGGAGGUUAUAAGGUUCUCGUUUAAUUUAGAGAAUUAAGUCACAUACAAAUUUUAAUAUGAGAUCUUACCCAAUCAAUUUCUUUUAUAUAUUUUCUUCACAUGAUAAUGAUAAGUAAAACAACUAAAAUGUAUAACUGGAUAUAUUUCUGUUAAAUUCUAGCGUAUUCUAUUUAUGAGUUGCUAGGUUCUGAAAUAUGUUUUUCCUAUAUAUUGUCACCCUUCAGACUAUAGAAACGUACACGCUUGGACGUUUGGGACCAUGCGCGUGGAAGCUUGACCAUCCGUCCCAUCAUUAGCUACGUAUACAUACUAAAUUGGGAUAUUUAACUUUUUAUCACUUUAAUGCUUUUUAGAGACAUCCAUGGGUUUUGAUAUCAAAGCUCAAUUUGGCAGUAAUUCAGAGUAUAUUAAAGCCGUGUUCAGGUAUUUUACUGUAUUCCAGAACCAUCCUCAGUGAUAUGAAAACCUAAUUUCAUAGAAUAGUACAACAGCUGUAUAUUACAGUUAUAAUAUUGUACGCCCAUCUAAUUAUAUUGAGUCCAAAUUAUACGCAUCGUCCAUUUUAGGCAACUUCGUACCCAGGGCUAGCCGCGAGUUGAAGGCAGCGACACAGCCCUGGUAAACGCUGGUCACGUGACUCCAACAUUACGUAAUUGUUACUUUUCUGAACCGGGGGGUGAAUGCUACAGGUGAAACUCGAAGACCAACAGUUUUUAUCUCCGAAAUUCUUCAAUCUUCCCUGUGAAUUUUGCAUUUCAAGCUUUUCUCAAAGUACGGCGAUCGAUCAAAUGGAUCAAUACUUUCUGUAGAGAAAACUCAGUGAGAUUAGUUCGUAUGCGACGUUUAAAAGACUUGGAUAUGUCGCUCAAGACGCUUGAUCAUUGCACAGGUUUAUGGUUUAGUACUCAGUUCAGUUUGUUGCGACUUGCGAAGCAAAUUAUGAAUGCAAAUUUAACUCUUGUAUAAUGACUAAAAGUUGGUUAGUAGAGGGACAACUGAUACAAAAGAUAUGAAUACCUCAGCUUAUGAAUACUUCAGUAAUAUAUGUAUAUGUACAUGUACAUGUUCAACCCUUUAAGUGACAAUGCACCCAGAGUGCCCUACUUUGUUUGUUUACUCUGUCUAACGCCAGACAAUUUUACUCGUCAGGUGGAGAGUGCAUGCCGCCUCCACUCAAUGGGUUAACAUAGUCGAUGAACAUGCCAAAUUGUCCUUGACCGUGGUAGUGCAUUUUUGCACUUACCGCAUGAUAUCGCAACCAAGGAUUGUUUCAGAGGAAGAGCCCUGAGAUCAUCCUGUGUAGCAAUUGGAAUCUCAAAUAAAGCAGAAGCACCUUCACUCAGAAGCCAGGAUUAAUAUUAAUUCCCCACUUAAACACUUGGAAACUGGACUGUCCCAUCUGCCAUAUGCAGGAUAAAAAACAUGUUAAACAACCAAAUCAGCAUGAUAAACAGUGUCAUGAAUUUUGCUUAGCCCAAACCAAAGCCAGUUUUCUAGAAUUAAUUCGCAGAAUCCUAAGAACUGGACCUCCAACUUGAAGAGCUAGCUGUGCUAACCAAGUCAACAAUAACCGUGCAUGGGCAACCCUGAAUUGAAGUGACUAGAGCAAAUCUUCAAAGGAUAAUAGAGAGAUCAGAUUUGACUUCCACUACUGCUAUUGCUAUCAUUAACUAACCAGAUAAGUUUCAUCUACCCAAUCAAACAAUCGAAUGCAACUGCCAGAUCAAGUAGUGGUAGUGGAAGUCAAAUUUGAACCUUUCUAUCUGGAUUUCAGAGAGACCAGUCAUUAUUUGCUGAUACAUUAUCAUAACUGAUCAUUAAUAUAUUUUAAUUAUCAUUUAAUAUUUUAAAGAUGGCGAACAACUGACGAGAUUUUAUACGAAAUAUAUUUUGUGAGCCAUUUUUUAGUAAAUAUUUUAAUUAUAAAUAGAAUGUUUUAAUACAUAUCGUUUGUGAGUGUCUGUUAUAAAUAUAAUUACGUUGAAAGAGUAAAGACAAGAAAGAAAUGUCGAUUAUUGAGAAAGUUUGUUCGAACUCUUUCCUGGCUUCGAUAAAUGAACUUUCAAGACGAUUAUCAUAACAUAUAUAAUCAAAAGCCACUGUAUUCAUUUAUGAUAUUAAAAAUUGACAUAAUUAUCUAUAAAGUGAGACUAAAUUUUAAAAAAAUAUUCAUAACAUGAAAAUGAUUCAUGCAGGUGAUUGAAUAAACCAUGUAGUGUGCAUUCUGAAUCUCUACAAAUUCCUUGACAUUAUUUUUCCAGUACAGUGUAAAACUGUAUAAAUGUGACACAGCUUGCAGGUAUCGGGGUUGUUUACCAUUUACAUGGAAAACCCAUCCGGUUUGAAAUUGUGCUAAUGGUAAGCAAAAUUUCGGAUAGAAAAUCCCAUUCGGAAUAUGCGCUUUCCAUCUAGAAUGACUGACCGGAAGGCACUGACGUAUUGAAUAAUUCCAAUUGUUAAAUCGAGAAGAGCCUGGAACUGGUAAAAAAUAAAAAAGAUGUAAAUGGAACAAAAUUUCCCGGUUGAAACGUUCCAAUCGGUAAGAGAGGACAACCUUUUCAAACAAACCGUUCAUUCCGGAAAAGUUCCGGUUGGGCAGUCGAAAUAUGCUUGUUCCAUUUACAUUCCGUAUGGAAUCACCUGAAUUUACAUCCAAAUGGUAAACAACCUUGGUUGCAUGUCGACCAGUGUGCUGAAAUACCAUCCAGUGACCUGGUUUUGUUCAAUGUUACUUGCAUCUUGCUCAAUUUAAGGGGUCAAUAGAUGAAGAAAUCAUUUCUUCUUGAUCAUGCAUAUGGCCCCCAUCUCUGUCAGCUGUUAGAGUAGAAAUUUAUCGAAGCCUUCAGAAAAUAAUUAUGGCAACAAGGUUACAAGCUACACUGCACAGUUAGACAAUUUGUUAAAAGAUCUCAAGAGCACAGGAGGUAUAAAUGUAGGGGCAAGGGAACAAAAUAAUGAAACUUUGAGAUUCGGGGGCAGGUUUUUACGAUUGGCUGCUAAACCUUUUCCCUAAAAAUUCCCUGACCAGCUUCAGUUGUCAUGGAUAUUAAAAAUACUCAUUAAUUAACUCACUAACAUUAAAUAAUGCUGAAUAAGUGCUGAAACUGAUGUUUGCCUAUUAAAAUAUCUUAGCGGUUCAAGACUUUGAGGUUCAUCAGAUUUUAGCCAAGAAGGCGCACCUCGUUUCUAUUUCUUGAGACAACUCAAAAGAGCAGCCAUUCCAACUAAGGAACUUCUGAAAUUUUAUACUACCUGUAUUCGCCCGGUCUUUGAAUAUGCAUGCCCAGUUUAUCACAACUCGCUACCCAAGUACCUAUCAGACGACAUUGAAAGGCUGCAGAAGAGAGCUCUAAGAAUAAUCUACCCUUGGAUGCCUUACACUGAUUCCCUCGAAGAAAGCGGUCUGACUCGCCUCUUCGUACGCAGGCAGCUCUUGACGUGCAAGUUGUUUAAUGAGAUCACUCGAGAUCAAUCCCACAAACUCAGAUCUUUACUACCAUCUGAAAAUAACUGUUCAUACCAACUGAGACGUAAAAGGCAACUUAACGUUCCAAGGGCCAAAACUGAUCGGUGUAUGAAUUCUUUUAUUGUUAGUAAUUGUAAAUAUUUUUAAUUAUUAGGUUUCUUAAAUUUUUAUUAUUGUAAAGUUUUAACGCAAUUCAGCCAUUAUCAGCUGUAAAGUCUUUUAAAACUGAAUAAAUCAUCUAUCUAUCUAUCGCAAUGGUGGCAAUGCGGUUGCAUGCCUUUAAUUAUUUGUUACACUGACUAGCUCUGUGAAAUAUAUAUUCGAAGGCUAUUAUAUUUUAUACAGUAUGUUAAUAUAGUUAGCUGAAUUUGUAAUUUAAAUAUUGAGAAACACAUGGCCAGACUAUGGCCUAUAAUACUACAAAAAAAUAAAUAAAUAAUCCGCGGCAAUUCAAGUUCUAUUCGUGAACUUUUCGUCGUCCCCCUGUCUUUUAUAUUUCCAUAAAGCCCGCUCGCAGGCUAAUAUUCCAAGAAUCUUGGAGUAUUUGCCUGACACAUGCCCAGCGUUUACCCGGGCUAUGUCGCUGCCUUCAACUCGCGGCUAUCCCUGGGUACGAGCUUGCAUCUUAGGCGCCAUUUAUAUGGAACGGGGCUGGCCCACAUGCCAGCAAGCGAGAUGAAAUUUGAGUGGGCUUUGUAUGAGAGAAUUUGAUUCCUGGUUGUCCAUAUAAACGCAAGGAACUGUUAAUCAGUGGAGAGAACUUCAUGAAAUACUGCGGAAAGUGGCGGGGGGAGGGGGGAUUAGAUUGCCAACAUACUGUAUCCAUGACCACCACCUUUUACAACUGGUUUUCAAAUCUUAGUUCUAUAAAAAAAACGUACACUGUCUCGACCGGCAGGCAAAAUAAUGGAAUUCCCAAAGAUCGAAUGAGCGGUUGUAGUCCAUAUAUUACAAGUUUUUUUUUGUUUCUCGCUAGUACGUGCGAACUUAUUCAACAACGUCAAAAAUCACCAUGGCUCUGGCUUGAUAUAAUUUAUAACAUGACGUCUUCGGGAAGAAGACACCGAAUAGCUCUAGAUAUUCUCCAUGGUUUUUCAAACAAGGUACAUUUUAUCACCCAAAAAGUGGGCUAAUAGUUCCAACUGAUUUAACGUGUUGAUUAAGACUACAUUUAUGUAAUUUUUCAUGUUAAACAUUGAUCAAUCAAAAUGGCAAGGAAUAUAGUGCACCAGACCUGUUGCAUACAGAACUAAUACUAAACUAAAUUUUUGACUGUACAAUGAUUCGUACAAGUUAUUGAACCGACAGUUUAACCUAAGCAUUGUAUUUUAUCAAGGUAAUCAAUGACCGUAUUGAACAAAGGAAAGCUAGCAAAUUUGCAAAUGAGGACACUUCAUGUGUUACGGCGAUAUAUUCUUCUAGUAAUCGUCGUAUUCGGGCAUUCUUAGAUCUUUUACUUGAGGAAUAUGACCAAGGAAAUAUAACGAAAGAAGGAGUCAGGGAGGAAGUCGACACUUUCAUGUUUGAGGUACUAACGUUAUUUUCCCUACAUUUAGGGUCUGUUCAUAUAACUUCAACUAACCGAGUGGGACUGAGUUCGAGCAAGACCUGCGUGCAUUCCCUUUGUUAACGCACAUAAAGAGACGAGCCUGGCCGGCUAGGUGAGAUCCCACUUUGCGCUAGGUGGAAUCUCGGUCAAGUGGGAUAUAUUUUCCAUAUCAAGGCUUUGGGAUGGACAUUUUUUGCCGAUUUUGACUCAUAAUAUAUUAAUAUUAUAGUAUUGAACGGCAUAGUUGGAAAAUACAAACAAAAAAUAAACAUUUAAUGGACCUAAGCAGACACUACUAAAGUCGUAAUGCAAGGUGCUGUUCGCUCAAUUGCAACAAAUAUUUCGUAGAUGCCAUGUUGAUAUAAUGUCGUCCCACCGAGCCGCGAUAUUUGGUGGGAUAAAAACAGUCAUUUGAACACAAAAGUAAUCCAUUCCACUCAGGUGAGCUGGCCGGCGAAACAGGCUGUCAGGCUCAUUUGAACAGGCUCUUAGCACCACUCCAUAUUUAUUUAUCGUAAAGCAAUACACAUUUUAUGAUAAAACUCCCAACAAAUCACAAUUCUAUAAUUUUGACAUGCAAACUGAGAUAGAUUUAAAAAUUGCAGGGUCACGACACAACUGCCGCGUCACUACAGUGGGUAAUCCACCUUCUCGGGCGUCACCCUGAUGUCCAAUCUCGCCUACAACAAGAGGUGGAUGAUUUUUUUGGUGAGCAUGGCAAAGAAAGUAAAGUAUUUUUCUCGCAUUAAAGUAAUUGUCUGCUAAAAUUAAAGUAACUUUACGUGUGCUUACACUAGACGACCACGCAUGCUUGCAUGAUAUAUCGCCAUAACGUCUAUACUAUGUAUAGAUUGGACCGAUUUACAUAAGAGUUCGUGCAAGAUUGACUCAUAGACCACGUAUGAAAAUUAGAUGGGAAAAUAGGAAAAGUUUCUCUUACUUUGACAGGAAGAGUAAAAUGAAUGCUUAAUUAACCCAUUGCAUAAUUUAUUCAUGAUACAUAACUUAAUUAUCUGGUGGAGGUAAAUGGAGGUAUGUCUUCUCCGAGUGCGAUGCAGUUAUUUCAUAGACUAUUGUUUUAACAGAGUCUGUAUCGGGAGAUGGAAAUAUACAGCCAGAUCAACUCAAGGAUUUAAACUUCCUUGAAUGCGCGGUGAAGGUACGUUUUAUAUUAUUUUCAAAAACUCAUUAAUAAUUCAUGAAGCAAUUAUCGAAUCUUGAGUAAGAAAUUAGUCACGUGCAUACGUCUUUAUACCAGCUAAAGAACACUUUAACAAAAGACCAUUGUUAUGCAAACUAUAUAAAGAUUUUUAUAUAAAGAUUUUUAUAUAAAGAUUUUUAUAUAAAGAUUUUUAUAUAAAGAUUUGACUUAUUAUGGAUACGUUUUUGAAGUCAUUUAAAAAACUCGCGGGUCGUGUUUUAUUAGGUCUAAAGCCACUCGCGCUGCGUGCUCGUGGCUUUAAACCUAAUAAAACACUCCUGCUCGUUUAUUAAACAGUACAUAAAGGCUAGAGUUUGGAAUAUAGAGACAUCUUUCCUUUUACAAGUCGAGUUUCUGAGAUAACUUUUCUGUACUAUAAAUAACAACGAUUUAAAUGAUCACAGUGUACUACGGAUAAAUGGAAAUUGAUGCUUUCUGUGAACAUGCACCUACAACCCAUAAAAGUGACAAUGCACACCUGUACAUAUACAGAUUGACCAAUUCUCCACAGUUGCGUAACAAAGGGGCAACCAUGCACCUCUGGAAGGUUUAUCAUACGACAUAUAAUGAUAUAUGUCGUAUGAUAAAAAUGACAUUAUGAAUGAUAUAAAGUUUCAUUAUUGACUGUACAUUCGAUGCUGACUCUUUCUACUGGUACUGAUUUUUUCCAAGGGGUGGUGGGUUUUUUAUGUAAAUGAAUGUGAAAAAGAAAAUGGAACUGUAUCUCGAGUUUUGUUAUUGAAUAUUCUCUAUUUGUAGGAGGCCUUACGAUUGUUUCCAUCCGUACCACUCCUCGGGCGUGAAUUAACUGAAAAAUGCAAAUUUGGUAAGAAUAUACCCUCGUUUAUACCCUUUGCUGACAGUUAGAAAUACGAUAGAGGCAAUUUAAAACUGUGCAGGGGCUCCAUGGAACGUUGAAAGAGGCGUGGAAUGUAAACCUUUCCGUUGAAUUUCUUGACAGUCGCUCAAUCUAAACAAAACAAGACGCCUGUUCAGGCGUUCACACUGGCCUGAAAAUGGCAACUUUUGUGGUAGGGUGUAAUGUGUAGUAGAGAAGUAGAUAGGGAUACAGUAGAUCUGGACCAUAUAAAUACAACCAAUAAAUACAAUCGUGAUCAGCAACUAUCAACCAUAAUAUACCAAGACGCCGGCUCAGGCGUACCCUCCGGCUACGGGCAACUCAACCUGACAAGCCAGGCCCACUGUAACUAUGAUCAUCAACUAUCAACCGUAAAUAAUAAUGGGCCAAUUAUAGCGAAGAAAUUAUAUAGUCCUUGAUUUUUAAUGCCAUUAUAUGGCUAGUUUCAGAUGCUAAAAAGUUAAUAGACAUAGACGAUUCUUCUAAAAAAUACGCCAAUUUGCUUCCAUGUAUAAGAUAAACUGAUCCUAACCCAAAGCCUUUCUCUAACCCCAACCAGUAAACACCUAAUAAACAAUUUGAGAAUUAAAAAAGUGGGGGGAAAAGAUGGAUCGUGUUCCAAAAACAAAUUGAACCGUAUCACGUUUCACUGACUUCGCCGCACGCAACGCCACCUCGCUGAAUACAAUAAAAAAAUACAUUUUAUAGUAAUAUAUGAUGAGAUGGAAAGUAAUUUGGCGCAAAUUAAUGUAAUUAGGUGCAAAUCUAUAAUUAUGCAAAUGAACAUCUAUAAUUAUGCAAGUGCGCAACGCUUGUUUACGAGUCUACAACGUAUAUUUAUACUUGUCAUUUAAAAAGUCAAACUGUCAAACCUUAAACUUGUCCUUGUUUACUUUCCACUUAAUCCACUAUAUUGUAUAAAUUCGCUGGGUCCAAAUUUUGGGGUUUUCGAGUCGUUACACAAAGAAAAACACAUCAAUUCAACACGCAAGAGAGUCCAGAGUGCAACACAACAUAUUUUCCAUAGGAAACCGGCACAAUUCUUUGAAAAUUCAACGAAACUGUGUGAAAUAUAUAUUAGUCGCUCAGUGAAAAACCACCAUUUUGAAACUGAACUGAAAAGGGCCAUUUAUACGGGACAAAAUAAGACGCGACUUACAUAAGACGCGACUUAAAUAAGACGCGAGUCUGUCGUAUAAAAGGCACAAAAUUCUUAUGUAAGACGCGUCUUGGAUAAGACGCGACUUAAAUAAGAACAGGACUUUUAGCUGUUCUUAUUUAAGUCGCGUCUUAAAUACGCGACUUAAAUAAGAAAUUUUGGACAAAAAUUCUAACUACACAUGCCCGAAACUUGAAACAACGUAAAAUUAUUAACCUUGCAUAUUAAAACAAAAACAACCGAAACAACAUUAUAGCUAUAGCAAGUAAAUAAGAAUAAAGCCGUAGAGAACCAUUUAUGCGAUAACUCCACAAAUAUAAGACGCGUCUUAUGUAAGUCGCGACUUAUUUUGUCCCGUAUAAAUGGCCCUAAUAUGUCACUGGAGCACUCUAUCCUUGGAGUUCGGAAUUGUGCGCGUGCGUACAAGGAUAUUUGGCUAAUAAACGAAAAAUGUGCCACAUGCAAGCAUGGCAUGAGCAGGCUAUUACGUACAUAAAUACGAGCUUGUUACUAUAGCAUCUAAAUCACGGAACCGAGGGGAAUCGAUGGCAUUUUGGCUUAAUCGUUGCACCAUGAGUCUGCGAUGAGCUAACGCAAACUCCAUUUCUCGACGACGAAGAAAACAGAAAACAGAAAAAGAGGGAUUUAAGACACUUGGCCUACAGACCAGCGUAAUUAAUAAAUGUUUUGAGCCCUUUGUCGGAAGAGUUGGGUGAAAUCUCGAGUCAAUAGGAUACAUUUAGCAUUUAUAUGAUGGAAGACAGGCGCUCCGAUGAAUGUUCACGAAUUCCUCAUCAAUAACAUAAAUUAAUAUUCAAUUUCAGGUCCUUACCUUGUUCCUAAAGGCUGUACUGUUAUUGUGCCGCCUAUGGCGUUACACCGUAAUCCAGAAGUUUGGGAUGAUCCUGAUACGUUUAAUCCUGAUAGAUUUCUUUCUGAAAAUAACGCUGUAAGAAAUCCCUAUGCUUAUGUUCCUUUCUCAGCAGGACCUAGAAACUGUAUUGGUAAGUAGCGCUGUAACUCGAGCCGAAGGCGAGAUUAUGUAGAUCAGAUAAAGAUCGGAUGCAAAUGUUUUAACGUGCUUAAGAAACUACCCAUCUUCUGAGUUCAUUGGCGAAGUAAUUUUAAAAUUAAUAAACAUUGUCUUAGCCGAUAAAGUGAAAGCUGAAGUUUAUGUAAAUCAGGACAAAUCAUUAAUCUUUAUCCGAUUUACGAACAUUAUAAUUAAACAUUCAUUUCUUUUGUAUUUUCCUCAUGAAUUAUUAAUGAUUUUUUAUGUAGUAUUUAAAACACGAGCAGCAGUGCUUUAUCAGAUAUAAAUGGCUUGAAAAACUACGCAUCUAAAGAGUUUAUUGGCGCAGUAAUUUUUAAAAUAAACGUUGUCUAAGCCGAGGGAAUCAAAGCUAAAGUAAUAUGUAAAUUAACAUGAUUUUUAUCACAUAUAAAACCAUCGAUACGGCAGGGAUUUCUUUUGUUAUAUCUCAUGAAUUAUUUAAGAAGUUUCAAGGGCUAAUAUUUUACUUUUACUGUGCGGAAUGCUUUUGUUGCUUAUUAAGUUAGCCCAUUAUGGUUAUUUAAGCAACCGGUGUCUUGCAAUUAUCUUUCUGUUGAGUGUGAUAAAACUGUAAAAAAAUGUAAAUUUAUAGACACAAAUAAAUGUUGUUGUUUGUAUGAGACCUGCGGCCAGUGCUGGUCGUUUUCAGAAUUUGUUUCAGAAUUUUUAGAGUCUUUUUAUUUUAGGACAAAGAUUUGCAAUGAUGGAAGAAAAAAUUGUAUUAGCAUCAAUAUUACGCCAUUUCAAUAUCAAGUCUACCCAAGAGACUGAAGAUAUCAAGAUAACUCCUGAAAUUAUUCUAAAGCCCACCAAUGGUAUUAUGGUAGAGCUGGAAACAAGAAUUUUUUAG